UUUAAAUUUUUCAUAUGCUGUGUUCUGUUUCUGCGCAGGCCAGCAGCAGACACCCGACCCGACUAGCCCAAGUCCGAGUAAACUGGAGAAGUGUGUGAAUGAGCGAUCGGGGCCUGAAUGAGCCAUCCAGAGCCCUACCUCAAGAAACAUUCCUGCACUGCAUACUGACUGGACUUCUGCAAAUCCUGGAGACAGAUAUUGCUUGCUGGAAGUUCCAGGAAAGCCUGGGAACAUUAGAUCGAUUAAUGACGUAUCUUUAAGCUGCUGCUGCAUCACCAAUAUGUCUACAAUCAGAGUAGCAUUAUCUUCUGGCUUUGUGGUGCUUACUUCUAAUGACACACAAGCGUUAUUGUAACGCAUGACUUGGUUAAAUACCUCCUCAGUGACUUGUGUCAAAGUUCUUGAUGAAGCAGGCCGGAAGCAGAACUCCCACUGCACCAGCGGAGCUUAUAAAUGAACAAGAAACUAGAAGAAUAAUUAAUUUAUUUCUCAGCAAAAUGAAUCCUACAUCACGCUUUCCUAGAAGCACAGGAGAGGUUGAUUUCUCCCAAGCAUCAGCCGAUUGUCUCACAUUAGAGUUUGGACCUUUUGAAGUUGUACAUAAGUGGAAGCGAAUGCAAGAAUGUAGUGAAUUUGUUGGAUCAAGGAGAAGCAAGCACACAAUGGUUUCUUACAAGGAUAAUGUUUUUGUCUUUGGAGGUGACAAUGGAAAAAGUAUGUUGAAUGAUUUACUCGUAUAUGAUUGUAAAGGUAAAUCUUGGGGUCGUGUACCCCAAGGACAAAACCCUCCAGCACCUCGCUAUCACCACUCAGCUGUGGUUUACGAAAACUCAAUGUUUGUGUUCGGAGGCUACACUGGUGACAUACAUUCUAACUCAAAUCUCACUAACAAAAAUGAUCUCUUUGAGUAUAAAUUUGGGGCUGCCAUGUGGGUAGAGUGGAAAUAUGUUGGUCUUACUCCUGUCCCAAGAUCAGCUCAUGGCGCUGCUGUUUAUGAUGGCAAUCUGUACAUUUUUGCUGGAUAUGAUGGUAAUGCCCGUUUAAAUGACAUGUGGGCAAUUUCAUUGAAGGACGACUCUCCACACAUAUGGGAACAAAUUGAACAAAGUGGUGACUGCCCUCCAACUUGCUGUAAUUUUCCAGUAACAGUUGCCAAGGGCUGCAUGUAUGUUUUCAGUGGCCAAAGUGGAGCUAAAAUCACCAAUACUUUAUUCCAGUUUGAUUUCCGUACUAAAAUGUGGUCCCGUAUAUCAACAGAGCAUCUGCUCAGAGGUACUCCAGCUCCACCUGCUAGACGGUAUGGACAUACUAUGGUAACUCAUGAUCAGCAUUUGUAUGUCUUUGGUGGAACUGCUGAUAACACAUUACCAAAUGAUGUGCAUUGUUAUGAUGUAGAUAGUGGAACAUGGUCUGUAAUUCAACCUUCUCCAGACUCAAAAGUUCCUGGAGGACGUCUUUUUCAUGCUGCCACUGUUGUGGGUGAUGCUAUGUAUGUUUUUGGUGGCACAGUAGAUAAUAAUGUUCGCAGUGGAGAAAUGUUCCGCUUCCAGUUUUCAACUUAUCCUAAAUGUACUCUCACAGAGGAUUUUGGAAAACUACUUGAAACCCAACUUUUUAGUGAUAUCAAUUUUAUUGUUGGAGAAGAAGAAACACAUAUUCCUGCUCAUGCUGCCAUGGUUGCUGCUCGAUCUCAGUACCUGCGAACCCACAUUAGACAAGCUCAAGAUAUCAGGGAUAAAAUGCUGGAGAAGGAGUAUGGUACAGCAGAGAUUUUUAAAGAUGUCCCAUCUCUAGUAGUGAGGUUGCCAGAUGUGAAUUCUGAAUCAUUUCAAUUAGUUCUGAAUUACAUAUAUACUGACCGUAUUGAUCCCUCAAAGAAAAUUAAAGAUCCUGCAAGCAACAGAGUUAUCCUAUUGAUGUUGGAUGUGUAUCGUUUGGCUUGUAAGUUCAUCAUGCUACGACUGGAGCAUAUUUGUGUUCAGUACUUGGAAUCCACUGUGAAUCAUACCAAUGUUUUAGAAGCCCUAUUAUGUGCUCAUGACCUAAAACUACCAUUUAUCAAGGAACUUUGUUUGAAAUUGAUUGUCAGAGAGACAAAUUAUACGCAGAUUGUUAUGAGCCCUGACUUUGAAACAUUGGAUCAACCACUAAUGGUUGAAAUAAUAAGGAGAAAGCAAUUACCCGUUCUCAAGAAAGCCCAGGAAACCCAACUCAUGACUGAAUUCAAUGUGUAUAUAGACAUACCUGAAACUAUAAAAGAUCCAUGUGAAUUUAAUCCAUGUAAAAGGACACCUGGACCUUUGCAAGGAACAACCUUGGAACAGGAUAUGGAACUAUUUUUAAGCCAUGUUGGUAAUGACUUCUGUGACAUAACUCUUGUUCUGGAUGGUAAUCACAUCAGAGCCCACAAGGCAAUCCUUGCAGCUCGUUGUGGAUAUUUUGAAGGGCUAUUUCGAUCAUUCAUGCCUGAAAAUGGCCUAGUACAAAUUCAAAUUGGUGAAAUGAUACCCUCUCUUCAGUCUUUUAACUCUCUGCUUCGAUUUGUGUAUUACGGAGAUACUAAUAUGCCUCCUGAAGAUUCCCUUUACCUCUUCAGCACCCCAUACUUUUAUAAUUUCACAAAUAACCGUCUUCAGGCAUUCUGCAAGCAAAAUUUAGAGUUAAACGUAUCUUGUGACAAUGUUGUGCAAAUUUUAGAGGCUGCUGAUCGCAUGCAAGCUAUUGACAUGAAAAAGUACUCUUUACGCCUCAUUGUUAAAUAUUUCCCAAAGGUUAUCAAAAUGCCAAAAAUUAGAUCACUCAGUCGCGAGCUCUUGCUUGACAUUAUGGAGGCAUUGGCAGAUGAGAUGUCUACUACCAAGUUGUGCUCUGACAUAUCAAAUAACAGCCUUAACAGUGAUGCCUAAGAUCAUCAGAUUCUUACCGUUUUAUGGUCCCAAUAACAUAAUUUGACUGCUUCUUCAAACUUUAGCCUUUUAGUUAAUAGAAAAUGUAAUGUAAAUCAUUUUGAUAGGCAAAGUUGAGAUUCCUUCAGAAGACUGACCACAGUAUUAGUUUAUGAUGUAUAAUACUGGCUGUUUAACUUCAAGCUAAACUUAACUCUGCCAUGUUGAUGUUAGCUUUGCUCUAGUUAAAAUAGGUACUACAAAUGUGUCCUUUUUAGAGUCAUCAUGGCCAUUGUUUUCAGUCUACGUAGAUCUAUUUUUGCUACCUGCCAUAUCUUUUUUUCUUUAUUAACAAUACUACAUUAUUAUUUUUAAUGUUGAAGACUGCCUAGUUGUUACUGCAGCGUUAAACUAUGUGAUCUUACUCAUGUAGGCUAUAAUUUAUGUUCUGUGAUAAUGCAUUCUUAAGAAAAUAUUAUGUUAUGCAAUAUUUAUUUUAUUAUCAAUGUUAUACAACUCACAAUAUCCUGAAGCAUUUGUAUUUUUAAACUUUCAAUUUUUAAAUCUUGACUAUUGUUUAUAUUUCUUAUUUCAAGUUCUGCGUAAUUGUUUUAACUUAAUAGGUACAGCACAUUUAUUGUCGAUUGUUUGAUUAAGUUCUGGCUGCCGAGCAUAGAUUGAAGAGUCCUAGUUCCUUUACAAUAGUUCAUAUUAAUGUCUCACCCUUAUCCUUUAAUAUUUCUAUACCUGUAAGUACUAUAUUCCACACUCCUUUUUUUGUAACUUCAGAAAAUUGGUGUAUUACUAUCUAUCUUUCAUGUAAGUGCUCGAUUUAGUAAAAUUGUGCGUUGCCAUAACUCGUCA